GGUAGAGAGGAGGAGGAGGAGGAGGAGAAGAUGGCGCCGAGCUGGAACAAGCGUCCGAGUGGGAGGAAGAAAAGCAACGUUCUGCGGAACUUAUACCGGCUGAAGAUAACUGGGCAGUUCUCUCAUCGAAUGUUCCAAAAUUUGCCUCCCAUUCUUUGCGUUCCGCUGAAGAACAUUGUGGACGAUGAUUUUUUACUGGCUGGCCACAUAUUCCUUGGCUUUACAAAAUGCGGUAGGUAUGUGCUGUCCUACACCAGGGAUGUGCCAGAGCAGGAUAUUGAUGAGUUACCGUACUAUGUGUAUUACCUGUACUGGUGGAAGUUCAACAUUCAUGACAAGUUGAAAAAGGUGAGGCAAGUGCAUCUUUUCAAAGAUCAGGAAGUGUACAGUGACUUGUAUCUAACGGUGUGUGAAUGGCCAAGCGAUCCCUCAAAGCUUAUUGUAUUUGGGUUCAACAUUCGCUCGGUGAAUGAUCUGCUGAUAAACAUGGUGAUGAGUGAUGAGAAUGAUCGAGAUAUUUAUAUUACAACAGUUGCUACACCGCCGUUUGCAUUCUGUCCUGACUGUAAGGACAUGGCUUUGCUUAGCACAGAUGAGCAGAAUGCCUACUGUCUACAGCAUGGCUUCAUGCUUCACACAAAGUACCAGGUGGUCUAUCCCUUCCCCACAUUUCAGCCUGCCUUUCAGCUCAAGAAAGAUGGAGUGGUGUUACUCAACACCAGCUACUCACUGGUAGCCUGUGCAAUAUCUGUAAACACGGCAGGUGAGAAAGGACAGAUUCUGUACAGCAAGAGCGGUGAAAACACCACACCUCCCGGUCACUAUGAGCUGGAUCCUAGUCGAAGUUCGCCAGUAAUGGACAUGUCCGGUCAUCAGCAGUGUGAAGGUGCAAAUCAUCCUUCAUCCAGCCACGGAGUGCCAGGCUGCAUCUUACACAAAGCUGACACUAACAGCCGUGCGCACACUGAAAACUGCCCUGAGGAAAUGCUGAGCUGGGAAUUUAAAAGCUCUAAGCCCGCUGUACUGGCAGCGUGUAACCAUGCCCAAUGUGACCGAUCUUCCGCCACAGGUAAAGCAAAGGAGUUCGCAGCUGACAUUUUCAGGCGAGCCAGAGCUGCUACAAGCACCACAGAAGCAUCGUGUAGUUUGAAGGAAGCUUUAACCAAAUCAAAGGAAGGUGCCCCACAAGGGCUACUCACAGAAGACUGCCACAAGGCCCUAAAUACACAAGGAAAUGAGACUUCUGAUUUCGCAUUCUCCUCUUGUUCUUCCGAAGCAAAGUUAGAGAUUCAGUAUUCUAGUUGUGUUGCAGAUCCCUCUGAUUCUGCCUUGAACUCCAAGCAUUCACAUUCACUUGUAUUAGGGUGCACAUGUACAGCACCAGGGAAACCUGCACUGGAUAAUGGUAUAUCAUCUGCUGCUAAACUGAGAACUGAAAUGGCAAGUGAGUUAGUUCAGAGUGAGUCAGGCACAAUGGACAGUACUGCCAGCCAACAUGAAACUGCACAAACAGAGCCCGGUUACGUGAACUACAUAAAGCUGCACUAUGUUCUGGAACCUUCCGGCAUGCCUGCAGAUGAUGAUGGAUAUGAUGAUAAGAUCUCACUGCAUUUUGUAGUGACUGACCUGAGGGGAAGGAAUCUGAAACCUGUUAAAGAAAGUGCUUCAUAUCAGGGCAAGUACCUCACAGUGGAGCAGCUGACGCUCGACUUUGAAUAUGUCAUUAAUGAGGUUAUAAGGAAUGAUGCAUCCUGGUCAAAGCGAUACUGUUCCUUCAGUGACUAUGAUAUUGUAAUCCUAGAGGUGUGCCCUAUAACCAACCACGUCAUCAUUAACAUAGGACUGCUGCUCUUGGCAUACCCUUCAGAUGAAGAAGGACAAAUAAGACCUAAGACCUAUCAUACUUGUUUGAAGGGCACAUGGAACCUAAAUACUGGCAUCUUUGCAACGGUGGGAGUUGGUGACUUAACUGCUGUACAGGGGCAAACAAGUGGCAGCGUUUGGAGUACCUUCCGUAAAAGCUGUGUUGAUAUAGCAAUGAGGUGGCUGGUUCCUGAAAGCACCUUCCGCAAUGUCAACAGGAUGACAAAUGAAGCCUUGCAUAAAGGUCGCUCGCUGAAGCGCUUGGCGGACAGUGGGCGUAGCAUGUGGAUUGUUCUGUAGCAGUGACUAUUACUAUCGUCCAUUUCACCAACGAUUUUUUUAAAAGGGAAGAAUGAAGAGCCCGGGUUUCAAGAACAGAGUCAGCCGCAAAUAGAAUCGAUGGCUUAAAAAGUUUAUAUUUUUUAAAGCAGCUACCUCUUCGUUCAGUUUUUUUUUUUCUCAAUCAUUCCUUCUCAGGCCUAACAAUAAGGCCAGGCCCUUGGAGGUUUAAAAAAAAAAACAAACUUUGUAAAAGUUUUUAAAAUAAAACCUUCCAGGUGUGUGCAAGAUAUCGAAUAUUUUUAGGUUUUUUGAGGGUGAUACAUAUCUCUCAACUACUGCCAUCCCCCAUACCAAAGUUUUGGUAUCUGCAUUACCUCAGCAUCAAAUUAGGACUUUGUUAGUUUGUGUUAUGUGAAUGUCUUUGAGAGACUGCAGGCCACUUAACUGAAGAGUGUUCAUCUUUUUUUAAAUGUAGUUUAUGUCAUAUUUAACACUAUUUAGGAUCUAGUUUGAAAGUGCAAAGAGCUGGUUACAUUCCUUCUUUAAAUCCUCCCAGUUCAUUUCUUUCUGACCAGGGACAGUAUCUGUCACUGGAGGCCAUGUGGACCCUGCACAGCGAGGUGAGCUUUUCCCCCUCAGUAAAAUGAACCCUGCGGCAUUCUUGGUUUGGACAGAAUUGCAGGUACUGAGUGGUGCAACUGUAUUCCAUGUUAAGCUGUUGCUGAGUAUGAAUGUGUUCCUCCCUGUGAAUUUCAAUAAAAUAUAGAACGAA